UAGGAUCUCAGGCGUCCUCCAAACACUCUCUUACGUAGACAUCCAUAAGGAGAGAGAAUUGACACUACACAACAUUGAUCAGAUAACCACUUUUUUACCUGCUUGGUGGCUGAACCAUGUCGUUGAGCCCAAAGCAUACUACACCUUUUUCAGUCACCGACAUCCUCAGUCCCAUUGAAGAGUCCUACAAGAAGUUUGGUGGAAUGGACAACGGUGGUAACCUGGGCACCUCUCUAGCUUACAGGCAGACUCACGUCUCCCAGACAGGGAUGCAACAGCACAGCAUGGGCCACAAUGCCACAGUGACCACCACCUAUCACAUGCCACACAGUGUCUCGCAGUUUUCACAUGGCGCAAUGGGAGGUUACUGCAAUGGAAGCAUUAGCAAUAUGGGAGAUAUCUCCACUUACCAAGAUACCAUGAGGAAUAGCGCAGCUGCCACAGGCUGGUAUGGAGCCAACCCUGACCCCAGGUAUUCAACAAUUUCUAGAUUUAUGGGACCGUCUGCGGGUAUGAACAUGGCCGGAAUGGGGACUCUGCAAGGUAUAGCAGAAGCUGCCAAAUCAAUGGCCCCUCUCCAUGCAGCACCUAGGAGGAAGAGAAGAGUCCUCUUCUCUCAGGCGCAAGUGUAUGAGCUGGAGAGGAGGUUCAAGCAACAGAAGUAUCUCUCAGCCCCUGAGAGGGAGCACCUGGCAAGCAUGAUCCACCUCACCCCUACUCAAGUGAAGAUUUGGUUCCAGAAUCACAGGUACAAGAUGAAGAGACAAGCAAAGGACAAAGUCACUCAGCAGCUCCAGCAAGAAAGUAACCUGUGCCAGCAGCAGUCCCCCCGCCGUGUGGCUGUGCCGGUGCUAGUAAAGGACGGGAAGCCCUGCCAGAAUAGUUCCAAUACCUCAACAACUAGUCAAGUAUCCCAACAGCAGAAUAGCUCCAAUGGUAUAUUGUCGUCUUCUAACAACGCUGUCCACCAGCACCAGAACCAACAAGUUAACUCUUUAAAUCAAGCUUCAGACUUGGAAGAAAUGUCCCCUAGUGCUCAGUCCCUCCAUAACCAAGUGGCCAACAUGGCACAGAUGGACAACGCAACCGUAGACUACAGCAAUGGCAUGGUCAACCCUAGCAUGCUCUAUGGAAGAACGUGGUAAGGCAAAAACCUGGCAGAUCAGGAUUCAAGUACAGGUCAAGAGCUACAGUUGGACUGGACAGCCCCUCUGGGGGCUCAAUAACUGACCUCUUAUGAUGUUUUUGUUCUUCUGACUGCAAAACAAAACUGACAACAGUACUGUAAUAAAUGAAGCAGGACAUCUCCGUUUGACAUGUGCCCGUGGUCACCUGCAGACUUAUUCGAUGUUGCAAUGAAGCCUAACAAUAGCAAGAAAUGACAAUCAAAUCAUUUUUGUAUGAUUAAAAAGAACAAACAUAAAAGACAACAAAAACCCCAGUGUUAUAUAUUUUUCCUAUUGAGAGAUAAACAGAUCUCACAAAACAAACAAAAUAACAGCGUGACAAUAUUUUACAGACUGUACUCAGUACAUAAAAGACUGACAACUAAAAAGCAAAGUAAAGACUGCUCAGGCUGUUAUGUGUUUAAUAAUGAACGUUUUCAAUGAUAGUAUUUUAUAGGCAUCUACUCUUUGCAGUAUUUUAUAGAAGCUUUUUUUUUCUUGUUAUUAUUUAUGGGUGGUAUGUCCUCAAUGAAAUAUUACACCUGGAGUAAUCGUUUAGAAAAUCCUUAACUAGCUGCUAUGGUAAGUAUUUUACAUUUUUCGUUUAUUUUAUAUUGGAGUAUUUUACCUAAUUAAUGUCCAGCAUCACACAUUCAAAAGCGAGAAAUAAAAAAAAAAUCACGAAUAAUAACAUAAUAAAGUUUAAUUUUUAAAAUAAUUGGUAAAAUAUAUCAUACAUUAGCCAAACAAAAUUUUAUUUCACGACUGAAUCCUAUUAAUAAAAAUAAAUCUUGUUCGCUAACUCGGGUGACAUAAUAUUGGUUUCUACUUAUUUGCUUUGACAAAACAAAAAAGUGAACUUCCAUUAAUAAUCAACAAUUUCACUAUAUUGUGUCUUUGCACCGUUACUCAGUUGCGUAUUUAUUUGCCACUUAUGCAUUUUGUUUUUAAUUAUAUUAAUUGCUUGGUAUUAUUUUUGUAAAUGUUUGAUAU